AUGGCAAAAUAUGUGAAAUCAGCGGACACUACAAGUGCGCUUGAGAGGAAACUUGAAAAAAUCGAGCAUUUGCUGCAUUUGUCAGACGAAAUGAAUAAAUUAAGACAAGAGCAAGAAGAAUCCAAAUUUAAGGAAAUUAAUAGGAGGAUUGAAGAUUUCGAUAAAAGACUGAGGAGGGUAGAGGAAUAUAUAAGCCAUUCUUUAAUUGAUGUAGAACAUAAGGUAGAAGACCAUGAAAUACAAUUGGGACAGGUCCAAGAAUUUGUAGGGAUGAAGGCUGAUUUAGAAGAUUUAAAGUUCAAUUUUUAUACUGAUGAUAGGCUUAUUGGACUUGAAAAAGAAAUCAGCAGUAAGAUGAUGAAAAUGUGUGAGACCAUGGAAGAAAUUGCAGGAAACUUGAAUAAUUCAGAAAAGGAGGUCGAAAAUUUAAAGAGGGAAAUUGAUAUGAUAAGGAAUGAACCUGGAAAAGAAAAUCUGUCAUUGAGAAUGAAUAAUUUAAAAGACCAGGUUGAAGAGCUUUGGAAAAGACAAAAUGUGAUUUUUCAGCAUAUUCAUGGAGAGCUUAUGUAUUCCGAAGAAAAUUUAGAGGAGGAAGAAGAAGUGUUUUUAAGCAAAUUGAAAACUUAG